AUGGAUCGCCAAAGCCUAUUGGAGCAGAAGCGACAGCGGCUACAGGAGCUUAAGCUGCGGCGCUUGGGGUCUCCUGUUAACGAUGAGGCAAAAAUCGAGCUGUUGAUCCAAAAGUUAGCAGAUACCCCCAAGGUGGGCGUGAGCAUUGGAGUCCAGGUAGACCCCAUAAAUCACGCUGUUGCAGAGGUGCUGGGGCUGGCUGUGGAGGGGCACAAGGCUCCAAAGAUUGAGAAGGAAUGUCUCACCUACGAUAAGGCUGUGCAAACGAUUCCUGUGGUGAUAGAACACAAGACUGUGAGUCCCCAAACUACCAGUCCCAAGCCAGAAACGGAAGUGAUCCUGGUGGUGGAGGACGUCAACGAAGAAGAGCUUAACAAUGCCGUCAAGGAGUCCAUCAAGCUCGUGCACAGAAUCAACGUCAGCGAAAUCAAGACAGACUGGGUCGACUACACAAAGAGACUUGAUAAUACCUCCCACACUAGCAACAAACACACCUUCGACAUUACCCCCUACACCACACACAGCCACGUGGAACAGACACGCAACAGGCCUGUGUGCUGCAUGGACUUUUCCCCCCACCACCCCGAGCUAUUCGUGGUAGCAUACUCCCACUCGGACCUGAAAAACUCGAGUCCUGGCUUGGCCAUCAUAUACAGCGUGAAAGAGGAUAAGGUUUUUCCAGAGUUCUACUUGCAUUGUACAUCGUCCAUCUCCUGCAUCAAAUUCGAUCAAGUCACCUCCACCAAAAUUAUCGGUGGAUUAUCAGAUGGCAAAAUCGUAAUCUGGAAUUUGGAGGAAAUCAACUCAAGGAGUGUUGCCGUGUUACCAACGCUAAUCACGCCAAUGUUCUCCAUGUUGACAUCACACAACUCCGGCCAUAGCUCCAACAUUGAUUUUAAGCACCAUACAUCUGCGAUAACCUCCUUGAUCCAGUUGAACAUAGAUGGAAAUGAUUCGAUCGUCUCCUUCUCGCUUGACGGAACUAUCAACACCUGGUCUACAAACUUGCUUGCAUCUCCAAGUCUGGACUCGGUCAAAUUGGCCAAAGAUGGCCCGACUAAUGAAUUCACUAAUUUCAAGGAAACCUUCAGAAUAUUGAAAGCCAUCGCACUAACCUCUGGCGACAGAACCUCGCAUAUCAACCUGAACAUUUCUGGCGGCCAUCAAUUUCUCAAUGAUAUUGUAGUUGUGUCCGAUAGUGGAACAUUAUUUCAGUUGUCAAGCCAAGAAAGUCAAGAGUUUAUCAAGUUUUCGCAUGAAGAAAGAGUGAUUGAGGAAGAUUCAUAUUCAUCCUAUCCGAACGAUAUCACAGACUUCCAGAAAUUGCCCUCGGGUAGUAGGGGCCCAUACCUUAUUACCUCAAACCUGGAUUGGACAUUCAAAAUUUGGUCCCCAAGCUCAAAAACUCCACUUAUGAGUAUACCCACUAAGUCCUUAGUUCUCCGCAUAGCCAUUAGACCAAAUAGGAACUUCCAGUUUGUGACACUCGGAUUAAUGAGUGACUCUAACUUGAAGAAAUCAGUAUUGGAGUUUUGGGAUUUAGAGUCUACCUUAUUUAAGCCGGUCUUUGAAAUCCCAGUACCUGGAGAUAUAGGAUUUGCCACUACGGUGAGCUUCAAUCAAGAUGGAUCGAAACUUUUGGCUGGAUUCGGUGACGGCUCAUUCAUACAAUGGCCCAUAGUGGAAGAGUCAUUGAGAACUAUCAUAGACGCUCACAGAGAAAACAAGCUAGACGAAGGCAUUCUGUAUUAUUUGCAUAGGAAUUAA